GUUUAAGUCCCCUGCAGACCCCGGAAGUGCAACUCGAAUUUGGUCGGGCGCGGAUCCCGAGAAAGUGGUGGAUAGCGCGCGAGGGAGUUCGCCCAGCGAGCUGGAAGGCCACGCCUCCUCCCGCCAACCCCCUCAGCCGUGCAGCUGGGGGCAGAGCUCAGACUGUCUUCUGAAGAUCGAUGUCUAUUUCCUUGAGCUCUUUAAUUUUCUUGCCAAUUUGGAUAAACAUGGCACAAAUCCAGCAGGGAGGUCCAGAUGAAAGAGAAAAGACUACAGCCUUGAAAGAUUUGCUGUCUAGGAUUGAUUUGGAUGAACUCAUGAAGAAGGAUGAACCACCUCUUGAUUUUCCUGACACUCUGGAAGGAUUUGAAUAUGCUUUUAAUGAAAAGGGGCAGUUAAGACACAUAAAAACUGGGGAACCAUUUGUUUUUAACUACCGUGAAGACUUACACAGGUGGAACCAGAAAAGAUACGAAGCUCUGGGUGAGAUCAUCACAAAGUAUGUUUAUGAGCUCCUGGAAAAGGACUGCAAUUUGCAAAGAAUCUCUAUUCCAGUAGAUGCCACUGACAGUGAACCAAAGAGUUUUAUCUUUAUGAGUGAGGAUGCUUUGACAAAUCCACAGAAACUGAUGGUUUUAAUUCAUGGUAGUGGUGUUGUCAGGGCAGGUCAGUGGGCUAGAAGGCUAAUUAUUAAUGAAGAUCUGGACAGUGGUACACAGAUACCUUUCAUUAAGAGAGCUGUGGAUGAAGGGUAUGGAGUCAUAGUCCUGAACCCAAAUGAAAACUAUAUUGAAGUGGAAAAGCCGAAACCCCACAAACAGUCAUCUUCUGAUGGCACAGAGGAGCCGGCAGAGAAGCGAGAGAGGAAAGAUAAAGUCUCUAGAGAAACAAAGAAGCGCCGUGACUUCUAUGAGAAGUACCGGAACCCCCAAAAAGAAAAAGAAAUGAUGCAGCUGUUUAUCAGGGAAAAUGGCUCUCCUGAAGAGCAUGCAGUCUACGUCUGGGACCAUUUCAUAGCCCAGUCUGCUGCUGAGAGUGUGUUUUUUGUUGCUCACAGCUAUGGGGGACUUGCUUUUGUUGAACUGAUGAUUCAACGAGAAGCAGAUGUAAAAAGUAAGGUGACUGCUGUGGCGUUGACAGACUCUGUUCACAAUGUAUGGCAUCAAGAAGCUGGCAAAACCAUCCGAGAAUGGAUGAGAGAGAACUGUUGCAACUGGGUCUCCAGCUCAGAACCACUGGACACAUCAGUGGAGUCCAUGCUGCCUGACUGUCCCAGAGUCUCUGCAGGCACUGACCGCCACGAGCUAACUUCCUGGAAGAGCUUCCCGUCCAUCUUCAAGUUCUUCGCGGAAGCUUCGGAGGCCAGGAGCAGCUCUCAGAAGCCCACCCUGACGCGGCGCUCGCACCGGAUCAAGCACGAGGAGCUGUGAGCUCGCCGCCGCCCGCCGCCCCGCAGCCUCGGCCCCCCUUGAGAUUGCUUUCUUCCUCCAGCACAGGGUCGUCCUAUGUUCGUCUAAAUAGCGUUUUACAUUAUUUCUAGAUGAGUGCAACUGUCAAAGCAAUAUGGACUCGGCCGCCGAAUUUUCUGCGGGCUGAGCUGGGGCUUCGCGCUGGGGUUGGCGGCCCGCGAGGCUGAGAGCGCCCGAGCCCCACGGUCCCCCGCUUCUACCCGCCCUGCCCGAGCUGCCCGAGCGGCGUCUGCGCGGUCCUACCGCCCGCUACAGCGCGGCCACUGCUGCCCAGCCUCAACCUUGCCCAUUUUUACUUCCCCCUUAACUUAGCAAGCUUUUACUCUAGACUUCAAACUUUAACUGUAACCAGGUUUUUCCCUCGGGUCAUCUUGUGAGCACUCUCUUUUAUAGAAGGCCACACUCCCGGGUUCUAGAAAUGCCAACUUUAAAUUGAGAACAUGACCGCCGUGAUGUACUAUGUAGUUUGGGAAGUACAAAUUGUUCUCUCCCUGUAACGACCAAUUUCCAUUUCAAGAUCAAAAGAAAAACUUUGCAUAAAAUGUUCAUAAAGUACUGAAUCCGAAUUAUUUUUUCUGAAUAUUCCUGCCGAGUUGAACAAGAGUCUUUAUGUCUCUGACUUCAGGAAGAUGAUCAAAUAUUUUAGAUGUAGGUAGAAGGCCCUAUUUUCACUGAAAUUUCUAACUUGCUUGUAAGAACUGACCCUACUGUUAAAUAUGUAACAUAAGGAGUGCAUUUAGAUGAUACACUGAAGGUUUGCUUUCUGUGUACUACCAAUGCGCAGCAUCACUGCUGGUUAGUAACCCGUACUCAGUGUACUUGGACCUUUCAUGUGGUAAACCCUUUCAGAUACAGGGAUUUGUUUUUCUUUUUACUAUCGUCAAGAAAAUGAUAGUUCAUACCCUCGUCCUUCUGAAAAGCUAAGUAAGGUUAAAAUGCUUCAGUUUUCAUCUACACUAGGUAAAGAAAAUCAUUCUCUCUUUUAGGUCCAAAUAUUUAGUGUUCCACUUCCUCUGUUAGGGUUUUUCCCUAUCAGCGGUUAGGUUCUCUAACCUAACUGGGAUCUGGCCAACACUGACAUGCAGAAGAUAAAAUAAGUUGACCUUUUACUGACUUUCAAAUUAAAACAGAACAUUAGUUACUUGAAGGAUUUAAUUAGUGAAGAUUAUAUCCAGUGGGUGAGAUUGUACAUUUAAUACUAACAGUUCUUUCUUAAGUGAAUUCAACAAGUAAUGCAUCUGCCUUCUUUGAGAACAUGUAAAAGAAUGUCUGAAAUGAUUGUGUGGCACUGGCUAAUGCCUCAGAAGGGUAACCUGUACCCAACAAGCUUAUGGAGAAUUUGUCUUAAUAUUAUGAACUAAUUUCAGCAAGUUUUAAAAUUGGUUAUAUCACGUGUUCUUUGGCAUAUACAUGCAUUCAAUAGUUCCGUGUUUUCGGUGUCAGGGAAGUAAAGUGACCAGUGGUCAUGUCUGGCCAUCUUCUGAUAUUACUUAAACAGAAGCAACUCAAGAUGAAUCAAAAUUGCAGUUUAUCCAGCUCCUGGGCAGUUUAAAAUGUGUUACCCCAACAAUGUCAAGCACGUUGCUCUGUCAUAGUGACCCUUUCAUUUCUAAUUUUAGAAAGUCUGGUGAACUCUGUAAAAAUGAUAUCUUCCCAAUGAAAAAUUGCUGUUGAUUGAAUGUAUCUUACCAACUGUUAUACAUUAUCUAAUGUUUUCAGUAUAGGAAAACAUUCACAAGAAACUAACUUUGUGACAUUAAAACAAAAGCCAACACUUACACAGGAAUAAAUUUGCUAAGCUUCGACAGCUGAGUUAAAGCAAAAUAAAUGCAGUCAGCUUAUGAACCAAAGGAUUCCUGGUCCUUCUCUCCAAAUUUCUCACUUAUAUAGAGAAAGUCACUGUUUCCUUGAGAUGAGUAUAUUACAAUCACUGAAUUGUUACCUUGUUACUUGGCUGGUAGAGAGCAAUUUACAAAGUUAUAUUUUGUAAAUGUCUGUUACUAUUUGUAGAUCUGCACUACAAACCCAGAGGGAGCAAAGCAAAGCACUUCCUUAUAAUGUAGGAUUUCUUAACCUGUUGAUUGGGAUGUUAUUGGUAUUUGUAUAGUAAUGCUAUUCACCUUGAUUUUCUUGGGCUAACAGCAAACAGUUGACAGUACCCGGCCUGCAGAGUGGUGGCCAAUGAUAAUAUUUCUUCUCUGGUCUUCUCCCUGUUAUUUCUGUUAUUUCCUUUAAUAGAUUCUAGGCAUGUAAUGGUUUAAAAGUAGGCUGUGCCCCCCCCCCAAUCAUAUGCUUAGUUCUUAGAGUAAGUAGGUUGAGAAAGACAUGAAUUGGAGAUUCAGAACAGUCCUGUUGAAGCUUCAGUGCCAGGCAGUUGCUUUGGAACUUUCUAAAGUGACCUAACAUGCAGUCCUUGAAAGUCACCCUAGGUAUCUGAAACACCAUUUACUUGUAAUAAUUGUUCUUUCCUCAGAGUUCUGCCUUGUGCUUCCUGGAGUGAAAUUUUUGUUUCUAUAUCAAAAAAUAAAUAAAUAAAGCACAA